AUGGCUCCUUCCCUGCGUGGAAGUUCGCAUCGGGUCAGCAAACGACAAACCACCGUCAACAACCACUCAAAGAUCUCCAAAGCCUCAAAGGCCGCUAAACUCCCCAUCGCGCUGAAGUCGAAACUUGAGGAAGUGGUUCUAGGGCCUGUAGUCCCUACCAAGAAGAGUGUCAAGCAUGUCUCAAAGCGCAAACGAGAUGCUGUGCAGGAUGACAGUGAAAGCGAGCCGGGUAGUGUCUAUGUCACCCAGAUCACAGCAAAAAAGCCCAAGUUGCAACUACCGACCCCUCCUUCCAGCAAGCGCGAAAACGAAAAGGAUUCCGUCGAUAUGGAGUUCUCGCCAACGAUGACCUUUCGGCAACUUACUCUAGACACCGACGAUGUCGAGCCAGCUCCGCAGGCGCUUCCUCCAGUCUUGCAGGACUUCGUAUCCCUGCAUGCGGCCUUCCUUAAGGCGUUUACGCUACACAUUGUCCAUAACGGUCAAUCCACUCCGGCAGAUUUGGGCAGCCUGCUGAACUCUGUCACGCGGCUCUGGAAAAAACACACUGUGGCCAGGGAAGAUAUUCAACGGAUGUUGGCCAUCUACGAGUUGGACGUUGCAACGCACUUUAGUGGUCGCCUCCUCACACAUCAAGAGGGGCCCUUCAAACUCACAAUGACGGGCGCUGAUUUCGUCCGUUACAACGUCGAGUACGUUGGUGCGGGAGGCAAGAGACCUGCGAACCCCAGGUGGGAUGAAUGUGGCCUGCAAAGGCUUUACGAAGCCGAAAUCGAGGCGUGCUGGAUAUCUCAGCGGAAUAACUCUGCCUGUUGGGUCCAUGGUGCGAUCCGGAACUUUCCUCGUUUGAACUUUGACGUGGGCAUGGAGACCCAAGUGCGGAAAGCCAAAGCUGAGACGGCCCGAAGAGAGAUCCUAGGGUUAUCGUCCGAAGCACAAAACCGUGCGGGAGCUCAGUUCUCGAUGCACACGAGCAACAACUCCGAGAGCAACGAGGCCAACACCCCACGGAUUGUGAAAGAUCGGACACUAUCCCUCUUAGAUCGGGUUAGAGCCAAGGCACUUGUCAAUUCUACCAUGACGGCUCAGAGUGCAGAAGCCACUCUUCGUCGCUACGCCGUCGGCCGCAUUGCAGAGGUGGUGGAGAUCCUCCGAAUGAGGCAACAACGGAAACUGAGUUCCAAUUUCGUGUCUUGCAUUCAUUCGAGCCCGAGCAAGGUUCGAGGCAAGGUGUCGUUUAGCAUGCACCAGCUGAUCAACGACAUCAAAAGCAGCCUGGCUGUCCCGAUCGGGGAUGCAGAGGUCAGAAUGUGUAUUCAUAUACUUCAGGAUGAAGUCCCAGGAAUGUGGGUGUCUGUCUAUACUGUCGGAACAGUUGAAAGUGUUAUUCUCAAUGGACCAGGACUGAGCGGCGCCGAGGUGAAGAAGAUCAUUGACGAGAAAGAGGGGACGAGGUGA